AUGGAAAAUUUCCUGACUGCGGUGACCAAGUUGCCGAAGGCCCGUGUGAAGGAGCUGGUCCGCGAACGUCCCUUCGAUUUUAGUGCAAUGUUUGGUCGCAUUUGUCUCCGGGACCUGGUCAGUUUGGAAGCGGCAUGUCGGAGUGCCCGGCAACUGGUGCAAGCCGGAGCUUUAAGUCGGCUGAACGAGAUCCUUCUCGAACAACUAGGCCUGAUGGGCGCAGCGACGGGGAAAGGGGAAGCGACGGGAAAAGGGGAAGCGACGGGAAAAGGGGAAGCGACUCAAGAAGAUGGAAGAAACUGCCUGGGACGGGUCGAGUGGGUCACGGCGAUGGGUUGCAAGUACCAUUUAUGCGCUCUUGAGGGUGUUCGUUUGUGGAGCAACCAACAGGUCUGUAACGGGUUCAAGGCCGCUCUGGACGACGUUAACAGCCGGUUGCAGGGGCUCAUAACCCAGCCGGAACCGGCAGGUUCCGGUGUGUAUCCUGCGCUGGUUGAACAAAUCCGAGCUAGCGUCGACCCGCUUGCUUUCAUGCUCCAUGAACUAAAGGAACUGGAUAACCUCAAAGCUCUCGGAGAUGCGCCAAGACUCGACCAAACUCCCAAACCCGACGACCAAACUUCAACUAUCAAUUCAACUCCAA